UUCAUUCAUCCGCUCGGCUCUCUGUGUGCGGUGUCUGUUUUGGGUGACAAGUGACAUUGCAGUCCCAACAAUGGCUGAGAAGGGUAAGGAGAAAGAAUCGGAUCCAUUUCUGUACGAGAGUGAAGACGAAGAAGAUGACAUUGAGGAGAACAAGAGCGAGAGUGGGAGCAGCUCCACCAGCAGCCAUGGCGUCCGUCAUGAGGUUUCCUCUCCCGUUAGUUUUUCUUCUCACAAAUGGCCUCAGAGUUACAGGGAGACAAUCGAUUCUUACUCAAUUGCAGCAUCACCCAAUAUUGCGAAUCUCGGAUUUGUUCCAAGUAAUGCAAGCUUUACAAAUUACUCGAAAAGCAUUUUAGACCUGAUUGGAAGGUCUCCAUUCGUGUCUACCAACGAAGGUUUUCCUCAAAAGGGUGAUUCGGAAAGGUUCUCAGUAAACCAAUCAUUAUUAUCAGAGAGAUCGACACUGCAUAAGCAUCUGACCGGAGAAAUAGCUGUUGGUCAUGGGUGUAGCUUCACUCAAACUGUCUUCAAUGGAAUUAAUGUAAUGGCAGGAGUUGGGCUUCUUUCAACACCUUCUACAUUGAAAGAAGCUGGCUGGGCAGGUAUCGUGGUGCUACUUCUUUUUGCAGUUGUGUGUUGUUACACGGCCAUACUCAUGAGAUACUGCUUUGAGAGUAAAGAAGGCAUCAAAACUUACCCGGAUUUAGGAGAAGCUGCCUUUGGAAGAUAUGGGCGUCUUUUCAUAUCUAUCAUUUUGUAUGCAGAACUAUACUCUUAUUGUGUAGAAUUCAUCAUUUUGGAAGGAGAUAAUCUCAGCAGGCUAUUCCCAGGAACAUCUUUGAAUUGGGCUGGUUUUCAGCUGGACUCCAUGCACUUAUUUGGAAUAGUAACUGCCCUCAUUGUUCUGCCAAGUGUUUGGUUGAAAGAUCUUCGUCUUAUUUCAUUCCUUUCAGCUGGUGGGGUCAUUGUCACAGUUUUGAUUGUUCUAUGCGUGAUUUUACUUGGUACAGCUGGUGGGGUUGGGUUCCAUCACACCCCGCCAGCAGUGCACUGGAAUGGAAUUCCACUUGUAAUUGGUGUGUAUGGGUUUUGCUUUGCCGGGCAUACUGUCUUUCCAAAUAUAUACCAAUCCAUGGCAGACAGACGACAAUUUAGCAAGGCACUAAUAAUAUGCUUUAUCUUGUGCGUUCUGUUAUAUGGGAGUGUUGCAGUCAUGGGAUAUCUCAUGUUUGGUGAACGCACUCUGUCACAGAUUACUUUGAAUAUGCCACCACAUGCUUUUCUGUCCCAAGUUGCACUGUGGACAACAGUUAUCAACCCGUUGAGCAAAUAUGCCCUGUUGAUGAACCCGUUAGCAAGGAGUAUUGAGGAGCUGCUGCCAGUUACAAUUUCUAACAGUUCCUGGUGUUUCAUUCUUUUAAGAACAGCACUCGUCAUUUCUACUGUUGUUUCCGCCUUUCUUAUCCCGUUCUUUGGUCUUGUGAUGGCUUUGAUAGGCUCUCUACUCAGUAUUCUUGUGUCAGUAAUAGUUCCAUCACUAUGCUUUCUGAGAAUAGCUGGAAGGAAAGCUACAAGGACACAGGUUGUUUCGAGUAUCACGAUUUCCACUUUGGGCAUCAUUGCUGCAGCCCUGGGUACAUAUUCUGCACUGUCAAAAAUUGUGAAUCACUAUUGAAAUAUUCAAGGCAUUCGUUCGACAGUUCAAUAAUACUGGUGCAUCGCUGGUUCAGCGGCUUAUGCAUUCUUCCGUUAAUCUUAGAUUCAUAUGUAUGUGUAGAAAUAUAAUUGGAUGAUUUCAUUGAUGUAUAAUAGUACAUUUAUAUACACAA